AUGAAGAAAACAUCAUCAUCGAGCGUCAGUAGAGUCCUUGACUUUCAAAUGAAACUUGCACGAUACACGGAGAAGCAACUGAAUUUAGCGCUCAAGGUUUCAAAUUUCCAACAAACUCAACUCAUUGAAAUAUUAUUUGACAAUUUAACUCAAUCCAUCGAUUCCGAGUAUCAAUCACAGUUAUCUUUGAUUGCAAAUACACCUUUUCCCCCUUCUCCUCACAUUUUUCAAAAAUCGCAGUCCUCACAACACUCGAAUGAUCUUCACGACAGCAAUCAUAAGAUUUAUCAAAUUCCUUCAUCACCCUCAACCACUGUAUUAUAUUCUACAAAAUACUUUUAUCAUAUUCUUGCUGAUUAUUAUUACAACAAUCCACAUGAAUCAGAAAAAUUACAACGAAUUUGUUUAGCACUUUUAACCAACCAAUAUUUGCCCUCAAUAUUUGCUUUAUUAUUUUAUCGAUGGAUGUUUGACAUCAAUUCUCAAUCCUUGAGCUUAAUUCAUAUUAAUAUAUUCUUGAAAGGUGUCAAUCGACUCUUUUGGUCAGAUGUACAAAACAAAACUCUAAAAUAUGCUAGUUUAUAUAGAUUUAUUCAAAAUGAAGUCUUAUUACAUGGAGACUUUUCUAGCUUUUUUGAUCCCAUUAAUCCAUAUUCUUCAUUUCACACGAUGAAACAUUACAUUGAUAAUAACAGUGAAGAUGAUGUAUAUGUUACACCAGAUUUGGAUUCAAAAGAUUUGGAAAAUGUCAUGAAAUCUCCAGUGAUGGAUGAGUUUAAGGAUAUUCGUUCUUCUUCACAGAGCGUCGAUGAUGAUGAGACUAUUGUCAACAUUCAAAAUGUUAUUCAAACCAAGAAAAUUGAUUUAAUUAGUUUAAUUGCUAAAUAUUAUUUUUAUUAUGAAAAUCGUGACUCUCGAUACAAACUAAAACCAUAUAUUAUUCAACUCUCAAAGAAAUGUGCAAUGGAUCCAUCAGAAUCACUUCUCUUCAACGAAAUGGAAAAGAAGAAUAGAAAGUACAAUUCAAAUUCUCAGAUUGAUCACUUUUCUAAUUUAAGCACAUUGGAUGAAAAACUUAAUUUCAUGUUUGUUCUUAUUUGUGACAUGUUUGUGAAUGAGAACAUUGCAUUUCUCUCUCAUGUCUCUGAUGAAGAAAUUAUUCUAAGUCUUCUCACUCGAUUUAAAUUAUUUUCAGAAUUAGAAAUUACAAGUCGAACGUUGGUCAAAUUACAAGCUGCAAUUUAUGCAUUCACAAGACCUGGAACUCCUUAUUUCCCUUCACGAGCUGUUCGACACAAAGCAACAUCCACACUUGAUGAAUUAUUUCCGAGUGGGAAAUAUGCACGUUGGUGGCUUUCGACAUCCUUUCGAUUAUUAUAUUACGGUUGGCCAAUGUCUCUAUUGAAUUGGGUGAAAAACAAGUGUUGUCAAAUUUUACAAACACCUGUUCAAGUGUGGGAAUUUUUAACACGACAAUUCAUCUUUGAACCUCCACAAUUGACUUUACAGUAUGAUGGACGUUUAUGUAUUGAUGAGAGUUCAGAGCUUUCAAGUACCGAUGAAGAGGAGGAUGAUCAUACCACCUAUUCCAUAACAUUUAACAAGUAG